ACAAAUUUUCAUAAAAGAAAAAAAAAUGCCUAAACAAGCGGAAACGAUUAUUCAGAUAAGGAAAACGAAAACACAUCGGUUUGGAUUUACAGAGCAGAACAAAUAAGCAAUUCCCAAUUACUUAUUAUCAAUCUUUUGAGUUUCUUUUCUUCUUUCAUUCCCUAGAAGACAAUUCUAAAGCAAUUUUUUUCUUGCACUUGAAAACGUGCAAACUUGUCUAUCUACGUUAAUCUUUCAAGCAUUCUUAAUUCCCAUUCCAGCAGGGUGCUCUGGAUAAAUCUUUAAUAUGUCCUGAUUCUGUGCUGUGUGCAGAAAGCAAAGCUUUUUUGAACCCUCAUUUGACUGCAGCUCUUGUUGCAACAAAGUUUCAAGGGACCAUUUACAACAAGGCUGUCAUGUCAAUUUAUAAACGAAUUGCGUGGGAGUAGCAUUACAUUGUGAGUUGCAGCGAGUAGUAAAACUAAAAAUUCUCCCCUUCCACCAGGGAUGCUCUUUCAUGUGGCUUAUCUUUGUCCUAAAACCUCGCCUCUUUUCCCCCUCUUCUCCAAAAACUCUAAAUCACUGUUUCUCUGUUGUAAAUCAUUUUCAUACCUCCACCACUACCAUUACCUCGUAAAGAAUAAUGCCAAAAGCCAACACAGGAGGCCUCUUUCCAUUACCCAAAUGACAACCCGACUGUCCACCUCAGCAUCUCUCCUUCAAAAUCCCACAAAUUCAGUCCCUAAAAAAUCAAAGAAAAAAGCCCAAUAUGAGGCCCCAGAAAGUGUACUUCGCCACAAGCUCGACCAGUGCUCAAAACAUGGUGACUUUUCCGAGGCCAUUCGCCUUUACAAUGAGGCGAGGGCAAGUAAUAUUCAACUCAAUGUACAUCAUUAUAAUGUUUUGCUUUAUUUAUGUUCACCAAAUAAUGAUGGCAGUGGGCAGGAUGUAGAUAAUUUUGUAGGUUUGGAAAAGGGCUUUGAGAUUUUUAAACAGAUGCGGUUGGAUAAAGUGAUUCCAAAUGAGGCUACAUUUACCAAUGCUUCAAGAUUAGCAGCAGCUAAGAAGGACCCAGAAAUGGCUUUUGAGUUGGUUAAGGAAAUGAAGAAUCAUGGAAUAAUUCCAAAGUUGAGGUCCUAUGGGCCGGCAUUGUUUGAGUUUUGUGAGAAGGCAAUGGCUGAUAAAGCAUAUGAGGUGGAUACCCAUAUGGUGGAUAACAAGGUCUCAGCCGAAGAGCCUGAGCUUUCAGCACUUUUGAGGGUUAGUUCUGGUGUCAAGAGGGAGGAGAAAGUGUAUGAGAUGAUUCAUAGGUUGAGAGCCACUGUGAGGCAGGUGUCUGAGGAGACGGCCAGUAUAGUGGAGGAUUGGUUUAGGUCAGAUAGGGCGGCGGAGGUUGGAAUGGAGAAUUGGAAUGUAGAAGAGGUGAAGGAAGGAAUUGUGAAGGGAGGGGGUGGAUGGCAUGGGCAAGGAUGGUUGGGGAAAGGGAAAUGGAGAGUGAUGAGGACCCAGAUGUAUGAGACUGGGGUCUGCCAAUUGUGCAGAGAGAAGCUUGUUUGUAUAGAUAUUGAUCCCAUGGAGACACAGAAUUUUGCAAAUUCUUUAGCAAAAUUGGCUAGCGAAAGAGAAGCUAAAGCUGGCUUUUGGCAAUUUCAGGAAUGGAUUCGACAUCAUGGUCCAUUUGAUGCAGUAGUAGAUGGUGCUAAUGUGGGCCUUAUUAAUCAGCAUAAUUUCAGUUUUUCCCAGCUCAAACAUGUUAUGUAUCACUUGCGUAAACUGAGUCCGUCAGGAAAGCUACCUCUUGUUAUUCUGCAUAAAGGUCGUGUAACUGGUGGUCCUGCACAGCACCCUAACAACAAGAAGUUGUUGGAAAGUUGGAAGAAGGCUGGGGCACUUUAUGUCACCCCUCCUGGUUCGAAUGAUGAUUGGUAUUGGUUGUAUGCUGCUGUUAGCUCCAAGUGUUUGCUGGUGACAAAUGAUGAGAUGAGAGACCACCUGUUCCAACUUCUAGGCAAUAGUUUUUUCCCCAGAUGGAAAGAAAAGCAUCAGGUCAGGUUAACUCCUUCCAGUGAUGGACUCCAGUUCCGCAUGCCACCACCUUAUUCAAUUGUCAUUCAGGAGUCUGAACAGGGCAGUUGGCACAUUCCAACCGUAACUGGAGACGAUCUUGAGACCCCGAGGCAAUGGAUUUGUGCCACAAGAAUAAAGGACCUGAAGCUGAAUUGAGGUAGAUAAAUUUCUACUUUCAAACUUCAGAGGAUAAGAUGAGGAAGGUGAAGCUUGGGGAAAAUAAUCUGGUCAGAAGUCGUAAAAUCAUUUUAUUAAUUGUGUUCUGUGGAGACAUUCUUGGAGUAUCGGUCGAAGAAGUCAAUUUUUUUUUCCUUUUUUACAUAAAUGCGUACAAUAAUGGGUGUCUGAGGUGGAGAGUUAUAGUCUUAAUACGCAUUAUUGGACGUGUUUUUAUUACUUCAGAGUACUAUGUUAUGAUUUCUAGUCCCUACCAAUAUACACUGAAGAUAUAUUCAUGACACAUGUUUGAACUUAUUGUUA